UUUCUUGACUCACCUCACUUUUUCGACAUCAAUUUAUUCGCAAUGGACACUACACUUCCUCUUCCUUUCCUUCCCAGCGUGGAUCUCGGCAAAGGAGCAACAGAAUCUGAGAAUGGCCUCACGAGAAAACAAUUAUCCUAUCUAGGAUGCGUUCACUUCGCAGCCACCAGCCAGAAUGUCGAUACACUGCUCCAGUUUCUGCAGAGGCACGUCUCGAUUGAGGCUUACGUCGAUGUAACUGAAAUUGAAUCUGCGGAGGAUAUUGUUACCAUACUGGAUGCCGGCGCCCGCAAUGUGUUUGUCAAGCCUUCGCAGCUGAAUGCUCUGAGCAGGUUUGAGGAGAGGGUUGUUCCCGUUAUCGAGGCACAAGGUGCUUUCUCCGCAGCCAAAUAUCCCAAUGGCGUAUACCUUACACCUGGAAGUGCCAAAGAUAUCCUGGGCAAUUUGAAGGAUGCCAAAGUGUCCCCAAUUUUCCUGGCAACAUCUGCAGAAGACCUCGAAUCGACUGUCAAACUAGCUGCAGAGCAUUCUGCUAUCCCAAUAAUACCUGCCACGAAUCUCGUCGUUGGAACAUCUUCGAAAGGCCAAUUCUCGGUCGAUGUACUUAUUGAAUCAUCAUGGACUUCAGACAGAUCAGACAAGUUGAUUCCCACUGUCGUUACGGACGAGAGAGGAAUUGCCUUGGGAUUGGUAUAUAGCAGUCGAGAGAGUCUGGCAGAAUCGAUCAAGACUGGAACUGGGGUAUAUCAGAGCAGAAAGCGGGGGUUGUGGUACAAGGGUGCGACAUCGGGUGAUACGCAAGAAUUGGUUAGGAUAUCAUUAGACUGUGACCAGGACUGUUUGAAGUUCGUGGUACGCCAAAACGGUCGAGGAUUCUGUCACCUGCCCCAGUCAACCUGUUUUGGGGGACUUCGUGGGCUUGCAAAACUCGAGAAAACUCUGGUUUCCAGAAAGACAUCCGCCCCGGAAGGAUCAUACACGGCACGCUUAUUUUCAGACAAGAAACUACUCCGAGCGAAGAUAAUGGAAGAGGCAGAGGAGAUAUGUGAUGCAAAGACGAAGGGCGAGGUUGCCUUCGAGGCUGCAGAUCUGAUAUACUUCGCCCUCACGAAAGCUGUCAGCGCAGGAGUCAGUAUUGCAGACAUCGAACGAAAUCUAGAUGCCAAGAGCGUAAAGGUCAAGCGACGACAGGGCGAUGCGAAGGGACAGUGGGCUGCAAAAGAAGGUAUCCCAAUUCGUUCUACGAAUGGAACCUCCAACGAGGCCAAGGAAACCGUGAAGGAAGCAGCCUCUGUUCCCGAAGCUCCCGAAGACCCGGCCGGCCUGAAAAACGGCCGAAUCACCAUGAAGCGCUACAAUGCUGCCACAACAUCACCAGAAGAUCUCAAAGCAGCAUUGCAACGACCCUCACAAAGAUCAACCGAGAUGAUUAUGGGAAUCGUCAACCCAAUCAUCAAGGCCGUCCGAGAAGGCGGUGACAAAGCCCUGCUCUCCUACACCCACAAAUUCGAAAAAGCAACAUCCCUCACCUCCCCCGUCCUAAAAGCUCCCUUCCCUCAAUCUCUAAUGAACCUACCUUCCGAAACAAUAGCCGCAAUCGACACCUCCUUCGAAAACAUCCGCAAAUUCCACGCUGCCCAGAAAGAAGACAAGCCACUCCAAGUCGAGACCAUGCCCGGCAUAAUCUGCAGCCGCUUCGCCCGUCCUAUCGAGAGAGUAGGCCUGUACGUGCCCGGUGGAACGGCAGUCCUCCCCUCCACGGCACUCAUGCUUGGUGUCCCCGCCAUGGUGGCAGGCUGCAAGACAAUCGUACUCGCCUCACCUCCACGAGCAGACGGCAGCAUAACCCCCGAAAUCGUCUACGUCGCGCACAAAGUGGGCGCCGAAUCCAUCGUCCUGGCAGGCGGCGCACAAGCCGUUGCUGCCAUGGCAUAUGGAACCGAGUCUGUGUCAAAAGUCAACAAGAUCCUUGGGCCUGGCAACCAGUUUGUCACCGCUGCAAAAAUGUACGUCUCCAAUGACACCAACGCGGGAGUGAGCAUCGAUAUGCCAGCCGGACCUUCCGAGGUACUGGUCAUAGCAGACAAGGACGCCAAUCCGGCAUUCGUGGCCUCUGACCUCCUCUCACAAGCAGAGCAUGGUGUUGAUUCGCAGGUAAUCUUGAUAGCCGUCGACCUCUCCGAGAAACAGUUGCAGGCAAUUGAAGACGAGCUCCACGCUCAAGCCAUGGCACUCCCAAGAGUUGAUAUCGUGCGCGGCGCCAUCGAACACUCUGUUACGCUCGUCGUCAACGAUAUCGAGGAAGCGAUGAAACUUUCCAAUGAGUACGCACCAGAACAUCUCAUUCUCCAAAUCAAGGAAGCCGAGAAAGUUGUGGAUAUGGUGCGGAAUGCAGGGAGUGUGUUUAUCGGUGAAUGGACGCCUGAAUCGGUAGGCGAUUACUCGGCGGGAGUCAAUCAUUCGUUGCCGACGUAUGGAUACGCGAAACAAUACAGUGGUGUGAAUCUUGGAUCUUUCACGAAACACAUCACCUCAUCCAAUUUAACGCCACAGGGUUUACGAAAUGUCGGGGGCGCGGUGAUGCAGUUAGCGAAGGUGGAGGAGUUGGAGGCGCAUAGGCGGGCGGUGGGGAUUAGGCUUGCGUGGAUGGAUGAACGAAAGCUUUGAGGGAAGUCAGAGUUAGUCUGUGGCGUAAAUUUAUGGUUGAUGUUGAAUAAUUUGAUGUCAUGCUGGAGAACAUUUUGUGUGAAGCGGAUGGCAAUUUUCUGGGAAGAAGGGUGUGAGUAAGGCAAGGUCCUUAGUUGCGAUUUCAUUCUCUCACGAGUGAUAGCACGUUGAGAGAUUUAUGGAGGGUUUAAUGUUCUAAUUGUUUGGGAAUAUUGGCCGCCUUGCCACAAGUUGCGUUGCCUUCAGAGAUUGACUUCCGCAUUCUCUCCAUCUGCUCUAAGGUACACGGCUUUUUCGGCUGAGAUACAGUGAAGCUAAGGCUCCUCAGUUGUCGCCGAGAGCGGAGUGACAGAAUCGUCCUCCAUCUCGUCCUCUCCCA